AUGCAGCAGCAGCAGCAGCAGCAGCAGCAGCAACACUCCCAUCACUCUCAUCAUCCACACCAGAUCCUAAUGGAUCCGGGGCACCAUAUGGGCCACGCCCGGCAUUUGGGUCCGCCUCACUAUGGCGCUCCGGGUCCAGUUGUCGCGCCUCUGUAUCCUUCCAUGUCUACCCCUACGCAAUCCCAUACACCGCAUGGAGCACCCAAACGACCGAGGCCAGACGAUCUUGAUCUAUCCGUUCCCGGGAUCGAUCUGGACCAGAGUGAACUCGAGAGCAUGCAGCAGACACCUCUGGGAGCCGCUUAUGCGCAGGCGGUACAGGCCCCGACGCACCAUCACCACCGUCUGCCCGACACUGGCCCUCCUUCCAAGAUGAUGCGGCGUGAUGACGGUGGUGACAGAGGAGGGGCUCCAAGCGUAGUGGGACAGGCAGGCAUGCCAGCUCCGGCUCCGAGGCCAAGAGGACCGAAGCUCAAGUUCACUCCCGAAGACGAUCAACUCCUCAUCGACUUGAAGGAGAACAAGUCUCUGACGUGGAAGCAAAUUGCGGAUUUCUUCCCCGGUAGAUCAUCAGGAACUUUGCAGGUGCGCUAUUGCACAAAGCUCAAGGCUAAGACGACACAAUGGACCGACGAAACGGACCAGAAACUUCGCACCGCACUACAAGACUACGAAAAUGAGAAGUGGCGCAUCGUGGCCAACAAAGUCGGCACCGGCUUUACUCCUGCGGCCUGCCGAGAACGUGCGUCAGAGUUGAUGGGUGCUCCCUUAUAG